AUGCUGGUCUGCGUCGGCGCCUGUGCCAUCGACACGAUAUUGACGAUGCCUCACUACCCGGAAGAGGACUCGAAGCUGAGGGCACUGUCCUUCCGGAGACGCAGGGGCGGCAACACACCCAAUACACUGGAAGUGUUGCAGCAGCUCAUCGAGAGCGACCAUGGAAAGAACGACGGUCAGGACAAAUCGAAUAGCGAGUCUGAUGCCCCACUCUACUUGAUCGCGACUCUUCCUGCCAAAGCAUCUGCCGACACUUCCAAUGCGUCUGAUCAACUGCAACAACGUAGCCGUGUCGACCUUUCACACUGCAUAUACCGCGAGGAGUCUUCAGAGGCGGUUUCAUCGUACAUCAUCGCCAGCCAGGCGACAUCUUCCCGCACGAUCCUCAACCACAAUGCACUGGAAGAGAUGACAUUCGAUGAAUUCGUGUCGGCAGUCGAUGGGAUUCUACGAACGGCAGAAGCAACUGGACCAGCAGCAAAACAACGACAGACAGUGUGGUUUCACUUCGAGGGCCGCAUUCCUCAGACUACUCUCCAAUGCAUCCGCUACUUACGCUCUCACGGCUUCUUCAAUGCUCCUUCCGACAUGACCGUGCCUCCACACGAGCUCGUCGUCUCCGUGGAGCUCGAGAAACCCGGCAGAGAAGGACUCCAGGAGCUUGCGUAUGAAGCCGACGUCGUCUUCUACUCCAAAGCCUGGGCUCGUGGACAAGGAUAUACAAGCGCCGAGGACUGUCUGAAACAGCAGUCUCGCCAUCUUUCACAUAUGAAGGAAUGCGAACCCGCACCGCAAAAGACGCUGAUUUGUCCUUGGGGUGAGCACGGCGCAACAGCACGGAGUUGGAAGUAUACGAAUCCGCCUUCGAACAACGCCAACGCGUCUCAACCACCCGAUGAGAAACUGGUCUGCAGUCCGGCGUAUAUUGUUGACGACCGCGCGAUUGUUGACUCGACAGGUGCCGGCGAUACCUUCAUCGCCGGCGUGCUGUUUGGGAUAUUAUGUAGGGAUGGACGACAAGAAAGGAGAAACGGCAAAUGGUCAUUGAAAGACACGCUGGACUUUGCAAAUGGUCUCGCAGGACGCAAGAUCUUGCAAGAUGGGUUUGCUGGACUGGAUAAGUUGGUGUCUGGGUUGCGCGAUGCUUUGGAUGGUGUGAUGAGUAAGGCUGAGUGA